AAUGAGCUGUAUCCUAAAUUAGUUCAGGAUGUCCAGUUGAUGAUAAAAGAGCUUGAAAAUGUAACAGUCCUCUGGGAGGAAUUAUGGCUCAGCACGCUUCAAGAUCUUCAUGCAGAUGUAAUGAGGCGUAUAAAUUUGCUGAAAGAGCAGGCUGCACGAAUUGCAGAAAACCCGACUCUUAGCCAUGGAGAGAAGAACAAGAUAAAUGCUGCAAAGUACUCAGCCAUGAUGGCUCCUAUUGUUGUUGUCCUAGAGCGUCGUUUUGCUUCUACUUCUCGUAAACCUGAAACCCCUCAUGAAAUGUGGUUCCAUGAGGUUUACAAGGAACAAAUAAAAUCUGCUAUCGGAACUUUCAAAACCCCCCCUGCAUCUGCUGCAGCUCUUGGGGAUGUUUGGCGACCAUUUGAUAACAUCGCUGCAUCCUUGGCAUCUUAUCAAAGGAAAUCCUCAGUAUCACUAGGAGAAGUAGCACCACAACUGUCUCUUCUGUCAUCAUCUGAUGUUCCAAUGCCUGGUCUUGAGAAGCAGAUUACAGUUUCUGAAUCCGAAGGGGGACUUAAUACUUCUUCCAGUGGAAUUGUCACAAUUGCUUCGUUCUGUGAACAGGUGGCUAUUUUAUCUACCAAGACAAAACCUAAAAAGAUCGUUAUAGUAGGCUCUGAUGGGGAGAAGUACACAUAUCUGUUGAAAGGGCGUGAAGAUCUGCGGCUUGAUGCCAGAAUAAUGCAGCUGCUACAAGCAGUUAACAGUUCUCUGCAAUCAUCAUCUGCAGUACAGAGUCGGUCUGUCUGUGUUCGCUUCUACUCUGUCACACCUAUUAGUGGUCGAGCUGGUCUCAUCCAGUGGGUGGAUAAUGUAGUAAGUAUUUAUAGUGUCUUUAAGGCAUGGCAGAGUCGGGUCCAGCUGGCAGAACUUUCUGCGCUAGGUGCUAAUGCAAAACAGACAGUUCCUCCACCUGUUCCUCGGCCAAUGGACAUGUUUUAUGGUAAGAUCAUACCUGCACUUAAGGAGAAAGGCAUAAGAAGAGUAAUAUCAAGAAGAGAUUGGCCUCAUGAAGUUAAACGUAAGGUACUUUUGGAUCUGAUGAAGGAAGCCCCUAAGCAACUUCUAUACCAGGAACUUUGGUGUGCGAGUGAGGGAUUCAAAGCAUUCAGCUCGAAAUUAAAGAGAUAUUCAGGUAGUGUAGCAGCCAUGAGCAUCGUUGGCCACAUUCUAGGCCUUGGGGAUCGUCAUUUGGAUAAUAUUCUUAUGGAUUUUUGCUCUGGGGAUAUCGUGCAUAUCGAUUACAAUGUCUGCUUUGAUAAAGGGCAAAGAUUAAAGAUCCCAGAAAUAGUGCCUUUCCGCCUGACCCAGACAAUUGAAGCAGCUCUAGGUUUAACUGGCAUAGAGGGUACAUUCAGAGCUAAUUGUGAAGCUGUUCUUGGUGUUCUAAAGAAGAACAAGGACAUAAUCUUGAUGUUACUUGAGGUCUUUGUGUGGGAUCCUCUAGUGGAAUGGACACGUGGAGACUUCCAUGAUGAUGCAGCAAUUUUUGGGGAGGAAAGGAAGGGGAUGGAUCUUGCUGUCAGCUUGAGUCUAUUUGCCUCCCGCAUGCAAGAAAUUCGUAUUCCCCUGCAGGAGCAUCAUGAUCUUCUACUGUCUACCUUACCAGCUGUUGAAUCUGGUCUUGAGAGAUUUAUAAACAUCAUGAAUCAGUACGAAGUUAUCUCUGCUCUUUACCGUCAUUCUGACCAAGAGAGAUCUAACCUUGUUCAAAAUGAGACAUCUGCGAAGUCACUUGUUGCUGAAGCUACUUCUGCUUCAGAGAAAAUCCGGGCUUCUCUUGAAAGGCAGGCUCGAGAAUUGGCACAAGCUCAAGCUGUGGUAAUGGAGAAAGCUCAAGAAGCAACAACUUGGAUUGAACAGCAUGGGAGGGCCCUUGAUGCUCUAAGAAGCAGUUCCAUCCCAGAUAUCAGUGCAUGCAUAAAGCUGAGUGGUAAAGAAGAAUCUCUAUCUCUUGUAUCUGCUGUUCUAGUUGCCAGGGUUCCUUUGACCGUUGUCCCUGAACCAACUCAAGCUCAGUGCAAUGAUAUAGAUAGAGAAGUUUCUCACUUAGUUACUGAGCUGGAUCAUGGACUUUCUUCAGCAAUAUCAACUAUCCAAUCGUAUUCUUUGGCUUUGCAAAGGAUCUUGCCAAUCAACUACCACACCUCCAGUCCGAUCCAUGGUUGGGCUCAAGUUCUUCAGCUUGCUAUGAAUACGCUGUCUUCUGACAUUUUAUCACUCAGCCGAAGACAGGCUGCUGAACUUAUUGGAAAGGCACAUGCUGAUGGUAUGGAUUCUUUUAAGAAUAGAUAUGAUGAUCUUUGCCUGAAAGUGGGUCAGUACGCAGCAGAAAUAGAGAGAAUGGAAGAAGAGUGUGCAGAGCUCGUUCACUCAAUUGGGCCUGAGAGUGAAUUAAGAGCUAAAAAUAGUCUCCUAUCUGCUUUCAUGAACUACAUGGAGUCUGCUGGUCUUGAGAGGAAGGAGGAUGCUGGUCAGUCAGGAUCUUCAGAUCCCGGAGGCUCACAGGAUGGUGGUUGGCACGGAAACUUUCAAGAGACCAAGGAAAAAGUUCUAUCAGUUUUAAAAGCAGCUUCUAGUUCUCUAUAUGAUGAUGUUAAGCACAAAAUACUCGAAAAGUUGAGUCAUUUCACUAGGAGAAGACACACAGACAUAAUGUUGUGCUCUGAUCUUGGAACCUUUUUCUCUGAGUUUGAGGAGCAAGUGGAAAAAUGCAUGCUUGUAGCAAAGUUUCUGAAUGAACUUAUGCAGUAUGUCAGCAUGGAUUAUAGGAGUAUUGACACUUCUGAAUCUUUAUCUGAUAGUAAUUGGACUUCAAAUUUCAAAGCCAGUCUGUUUUCCUGUAAAAACUUGGUGGGCCAAAUGGUUGAAGUUGUCCUUCCAGAGGUCAUCAGAUCAGUAAUUUUGUUCAAUACGGAAGUUAUGGAUGUGUUUGCAUCACUCUCGCAAAUCAGGAGAUCUAUAGAUACAGCAUUAGAGCAGCUUAUUGAGGUGGAAAUGGAGAGGGCUUCUUUGGCUGAGCUUGAACAGAAUUACUUUGUUAAGGUUGGUCUCAUCACUGAGCAGCAGUUGGCUCUUGAAGAAGCUGCUGUUAAGGGUAGAGACCACUUAUCUUGGGAAGAGGCCGAGGAAUUAGCCUCUCAAGAAGAAGCAUGUAGAGCACAACUUGACAAGCUCCACCAAAGUUGGAACCAGAAGGACAUGCGAACUUCAUCUCUUAUACAGAAAGAAGCAACCAUUAGAAGUUCUCUGGUUUCUUUAGAACAGAAUCUGCAAUCUAUGAUCACUCAUGAACAUGAUAAGGAACUACAUCUUUUCAGAAGCAGAGCUCUUCUGGCUGCACUAAUGCAGCCCUUCUCUGAGUUGGAGGCAGUUGAUCGAGAAUUGUCAUUGCUUGGGGCACCUGUUGAAUAUGGUUCAACUGGGAUUUCUCACCUAAAGAAUUUAUUUAAUUCAGGAUGCCCGCUAUCUGAAUAUAUUUGGAAAUUUCCUGCCAUAUGGAGCAAUCAUGCAUUUUUUGUGUGGAAGGUUUAUAUAGUCGACUCUUUUCUUGAUUCCUGUACACAAAAUAUAGCUUUACAAGCUGAUCAAAGUUUGGGAUUUGAUCAGCUUGUAAAUAUAGUGAAGAAAAAACUUGAAGUCCAGCUUCAAGAAAAUGUUGAGCAGUACUUGAAAGAGAAAGUUGCACCUGUUUUAAUAACAAGAUUAGAGAAAGAAAGUGAAUUUUUGAAGCAAGAGACAGAGUCAACAGAAGAUCUUACUUGUGAUCAAGGGAAUAAUAACUUUGCAGCUGUAAGAGAUGUGCGAGUCAUGCUUGAGGAGUACUGCAAUGCACAUGAAACUGUCAGAGCAGCAAAAUCAGCUGCUUCCCUCAUGAAGAGGCAGGUGAGUGAGUUGAAGGAGGCUUUUCUUAAGACCAGCUUCGAAAUUGUUCAGAUUGAAUGGAUGCAUGAUAGAAAUGCUAGUCUGUUGCAAAGAAGAAGGCUGAUAUCUCAUAAGUAUCUUUCAAGUGAUGCCAGACUUCUUCCAGUUCUUCUAAACAUCAGCAGACCUCAAUUGCUUGAGAAUUUUCAAUCUUCCAUUGCAAAAAUAGCUAGAUCGCUGGAAGGCCUGCAAGCCUGCGAGAGAACUUCUGUCACAGCAGAAGGGCAGCUUGAGAGAGCUAUGAGCUGGGCUUGUGGAGGUGCAAGCUCAACUUCUGCUGGAAGUACUGUGGCAAGGAAUCCAGGAAUACCUCAGGAAUUCCAUGAUCAUCUAAUGAGGCGCCAACAGUUAUUAUGUGAAGCUCGAGAAAAGGCAUCAGAUGUGAUGAAACUUUGCAUCUCAGUAUUGGAGUUUGAAUUAUCGAGAGACGGCUUUUUCCAGACUUCAGAAGAAUUUUAUCCAUCGAGGAGCAUUGCAGAUGGCAGGACCUGGCAGCAAGCUUACGUAAAUGCUCUGACAAACUUGGACGUUACUUUUCAUUCCUUUACGCGUACUGAACAAGAAUGGAAACUUGCACAGAGCAACAUGGAGGCUGCUUCAAGUGGUUUAUUCUCUGCAACUAACGAACUCUGUGUUGCAUCUGCUAAAGCUAAGUCAGCAUCAGGUGAUCUGCAAAGCACUCUGCUUGCGAUGAGGGAUUGUUCCUAUGAAUUAAGUGUGGCACUAUCUGCAUUUGGGGGCAUUACAAGGGGGCGUACUGCUUUGACAUCUGAGUGUGGUUCGAUGCUCGAAGAGGUUCUGGCGGUAACAGAAGGUGUGCAUGAUGUUCACAGUAUAGCAAAAGAGGCAACUGCUUUGCACUCGUCUCUCAUGGAAGAUCUAUCAAAGGCAAAUGGCAUCCUACUUCCACUUGAAUCUUUAUUAUGUAAGGAUGUUGCUACCAUGACUGAAGCUAUGACAAAGGAAAGAGAGGCAACUAAGGAAAUAUCUCCUGUUCAUGGACAAGCUAUAUUCCAGUCUUAUCAUGUUAAAGUUGAAAAAACUUAUGAAGUUUUUAAGCCCUUGGUUCAAUCUCUCACAAUCUCUGUCGAGGGACUUUAUUCAAUGUUGACCAGGCUAGCCCAAUCCGCAAGUCUGCAUGCAGGAAAUCUUCAUAAGGCACUUGAGGGGUUAGGAGAAAGCCAGGAAGCAAGGUCAGAGGAUCUCAAUUCCUAUAGGCCAGAUCUUGCUGAUCAAUAUGAAGGCAAGAAUGAAAUCUUCUCCCAAUCAGACAGAAAAAGCAGCACAGAUUUUCUUGAUGUUAGUGGACUGUCUUUGCAAGAUAAGGGAUGGAUAUCUCCCCCUGAUAGCAUGACCAGUAGCAGCUCAGAGUCUGCAGCUACAUCAUCUCAAGUUAGUCUUGCCAAUAGUUCCAAUGGCCCAGACUUGACCGAUCCAAUUACUCCACAUUGUUUUGAUGACACAGAAAGAAGAGAAUACUCACAUAAUGUUUCCUCAGUUGGAAGUGCACUUCCAGGAUUGCCACAGCCGGAAUCUGAAAAGACACAGGAGACGUUUGAGAUGAAACUUUUGCUUGGAAAUGAAGAACCUUUGUCAAGCAAAGACAAGGUUGAGGAGGCUGCUCAUGAAACUUCAUUUAUCAAUAUAGAGGCUGCAAGCAGAACAACCAGAGGUGAGGAUUUAUCAACAGUUUCUGUCCAAUUAUUACUGAAUGUUCAUAAUGUCUAAACUUGACCUUUUAGG